AUGACGCAAACAAUCGAAUCAAAGAACUUCAUAGCUCUCUGGGAACCCUAUGAUGAUGUUUGGAUAUCGACAAACGGAGUGUACGUUUCAGCAGCAUUGAGAAAUCCAUUUGUUAAUUCAUCACGUCUACUUGGUCGAUUACCUUUGACAAAGGCCACGCAACAGCUACUUUUUCCAUUCCUGUUUGAACUACUUUUUAAACCAACGCGCGUUGUAUCUCAAGGUGUAGAAAAAAUACUGCGCACCAAACACAAACAAUUAACUUGCCUUCAUAUCCGAAUAGGAAGAAAUCCUUCCAACCCGCACGAUCCAGUAAAACCAACACGAAUCAAUAUGACACGGAAGAUGCUCGAUUUUCUCUAUGAUAAUCCCUGCCUUGCAUGGACUGAAGACACUCUAAUUUUCGUCAGUUCCGAUAGUGAUCAGGCCGUUAAAGAAGUACUUCCAUACUUUCCCAAUUCAUCUAUUACUGUACCCGGUCCAAUCAUACAUAUUGAUCAUGUUAAUAAAAAACAAGCACGUAAACACGACAGAGAGAAGAAUUGUGCUGGUUUAAUAAAAGUCCUCACUGAUUUUUAUGUUCUUGGCGAAUGCCAAGCAACUCUACUUUCAUACAGCGGCUUUUCAAUCUGGGCUAAUCAACGAAGGACGAAUCCUAAUGAUAAACUUUUCAUGUAUGAUGAUCGAUUAGGUAAAAUAAAAAGAGCUAAAAUGUGA